GCAGAGUCGCAUCUGCCCAGGCUGGGAGGCCGUGUCUGGGCCCUGCCCGUCCCCGAGCCCCUCCCCAGCCCCGUCCCUCAGGUGCUGCUCGGGUCCCGCACUUCACGUCCAGCCCCUCAGACGCCCCAGCUCCAGGCUCCAGCCAGGCCUCUCCCACUGGCAUGGACCCCCGCCCCGCGCUCUGGGCGCUGCUCCUGGGCCAGGCGCUCGGCGGGCCGGCGUGCUCGGGCCCUGCCCGCUACAGCCUCACCUUCAUCGGCCAGUGGAGCCAGGCCGCCUUCCCCAAGCAGUACCCGCUGUUCAGGCCGCCCGCGCAGUGGUCGGAGUUGCUGGGGGCCGCGCACAGCUCCGACUACAGCCUGUGGCGGCGCGGCGCCUACGUGAGCGCGGGGCUGCGGGAGUUCGCGGAGCGCGGCGAGGCCUGGACGCUGAUGCGGGAGAUGGAGGCGGCGGGCGAGGCGCUGCAGAGUGUGCGCACCGUCUUCUCCGCGCCCGCCCUGCCCAGCGGCACCGGGCGCUCGGCCACCGAGCUGGAGGUGCACCCGCGCCAUUCGCUGGUGUCAUUCGUGGUGCGCAUCGUGCCGAGCCCCGACUGGUUCGUGGGUGUGGACAGCCUGGCGCUGUGCGAGGGCAGUCGCUGGAGGGAGCAGGUGGCGCUGGACCUUCGCCCCUAUGACGCGGGCACCGACAGCGGCUUCACCUUCUCGUCGCCCAACUUUGCCACCGUCCCACAGGACACAGUGACCGAGAUAACAGCAUCAUCGCCCAGCCACCCGGCCAACUCAUUCUUCUACCCGCGUCUCAAGGCCCUGCCGCCCAUUGCCAAGGUCACCCUGGUGCGCAUGCGCCACCGCGCCCAGGCCUUCCCGCCACCCACACCCCAGCUACUGGGGGGAGACAAUGAGAUCGGGGACAAUGCCCCGGAGACGCCGCUGGACUGUGAGGUGUCCCUCUGGUCAUCCUGGGGGCUGUGUGGAGGUCCCUGUGGGCAACUGGGCUCCAAGAGCAGGACCCGCUUCGUGCGAGUGCAGCCGGCCAACCGGGGGGCUCCCUGCCCUGAGCUGCAGGAGGAGGCCCAGUGCACUCCUGACAACUGCGUGUGACCUUGGCUGCCUGCCUCCAUAUUUAUUACCCACGCAGGGUGAGCCCACAGAAGCCUGCAUGCUUGUGCCCGAGCCCUGGCCUCAGGGAUACGGACACCUGGGGGCGCUGGGAGGCUCGUCCAGCAGGUGACUGGUGGGGUCGGUGGAGGGCGUGGACCACCUGUAUGAAUAAAUGCCCUCCGUGACCA